GAGAGAGAGAGAGAGAGAGAAGGAACUAAGGUAAUAAAAAACUAUAGGGUGGCCUAAUCUCAGGUGCCACACAAGACCAAGUUGAUGAUAUGAAGAGCUCUGAAAAACUAGCCAUGAUGAUGAGCCUUUACCACACACACGAUCUCUUACCAAACCAGUGCAGCUCGAGGCUGGUUCAAACCACAGAUGCACCACUUCCUCUUGUGUGGUCCAUGGUCCGAAGAUUCGACAAGCCACAAGCCUAUAAGAAGUUCAUCAAGAGUUGCACCAUGCGAACCGGUGAUGGUGGCGUUGGAAGCGUACGUGAUGUCGUGGUUGUGUCCGGUCUACCGGCCAAAACCAGCAUAGAGAAGCUUGAGAAGCUCGAUGACAACUUCCAUGUAAUGUCGUUCAGGAUUAUCGGCGGUGAUCACCGGCUUGCUAAUUAUCGAUCGACCAUUACGUUGCAUGAGGACAAUGGAGAGAUAGGUGGUAAGACGGUGGCGAUCGAGUCGUACGUGGUGGAUGUUCCGGCAGGAAGUAGCAGGGAGGAUACAUGCUCGUUUGUUGAUACUAUAGUAGGGUGUAACCUUAGGUCUUUGGCUAAGAUCACAGAAAAAAUGGCUUGUUAAUUUAAUGGUUAACCUGUUUGAGAGAAAUAGAUUUCUUGCCUAGUCUUUCUCACAAAUUGUGAAUGAUCC